AAACAUAUUAUCAGCAAAAUACCCCCAAACCCCGAAAGAAAGAAGCUAAUCUCUCUAAGAUUGAAAACCCACAUCGAAAGAUCUCUCCUUUUCGAGUUUUACAUUCCAUCUCUCCGUAGAUUCAGCUGUUUUGAGGGUCGGGUUCGUUCUCUCCUGUCAUCUUCUCUCUGGCGUUUGAUCUUCGGCAAUCACGGCUAUACACGGGAUAUCAACGGGUGUUAGCUUUCAUGUCCAUCUUGUACGCAAGGGUUGUUUAAUCGAGACUAAUCCUUUGCCGCACGGAGGACGUGGAGCUCUGCCGUCUGAAGGCGGCAGCCCUUCUGAUCUCCUCUUUUUAGCCGGAGGCGGUUCCAAAAUCAUCUCUUUCCUUUUCCAUUAGGUUUUAGGGUUUAGGUUUCAAUAAACUUUUGUUUAUUUCCUUUUUUGCUGUUGAGUCGCUCUUUCGUGUGGGGGAAGUCUUUCUUUCUUUGUGAGAAUGUUGAAGAUCAAGAGGGUUCCGACUGUUGUGUCUAAUUACCAGAAGGAUGAGGCUUCUGAUGAAUCCGUCGGCUGUGGACGGAACUGCCUCGGUGCUUGUUGCAUUAACGGGGCAAGGCUUCCGUUGUACGCCUGCAAGAAGCUGGAUAAAUCUGGCGCCGGAGAGAAGCCGGUGGCUUUUCUUGAGUCCCUCGUCCUCGGAGAGUGGGAGGAUAGGUUCCAAAGAGGACUCUUUCGCUACGAUGUCACUGCCUGCGAGACCAAAGUGAUCCCAGGGAAGUAUGGUUUCGUUGCUCAGCUAAACGAGGGUCGUCACCUGAAGAAGAGGCCUACCGAGUUCCGUGUAGACAAGGUUUUGCAGUCUUUUGAUGGCAACAAGUUCAACUUCACUAAAGUUGGCCAGGAAGAGCUGCUCUUCCAGUUUGAAGCUGGUGAAGAUAGUGAAGUUCAGUUCUUCCCGUGCAUGCCUCUUGACGCUGAGAAUUCUCCCAGUGUUGUUGCCAUCAAUGUUAGUCCAAUCGAGUAUGGUCACGUGCUGCUGAUUCCUCGUGUUCUUGACUGCUUGCCUCAGAGGAUCGAUCACAAAAGCCUUUUGCUUGCACUUCACAUGGCUGCCGAAGCUGCUAAUCCUUACUUCAGACUCGGUUACAACAGCUUGGGUGCUUUUGCCACUAUCAACCAUCUUCACUUUCAGGCAUAUUACUUGGCCAUGCCUUUCCCAUUAGAGAAAGCUCCUUCCAAGAAGAUGGUUACUACUGCUAGUGGUGUGAAAAUCUCAGAGCUUCUGAGUUACCCUGUGAGAAGUCUUCUCUUUGAAGGUGGAAGUUCUAUGCAAGACCUAUCUGAUACUGUAUCAGACGCCUGCGUUUGUCUCCAGAACAACAACAUUCCUUUCAACAUACUCAUCGCUGAUUGUGGAAGGCAGAUCUUCCUGAUGCCACAGUGUUACGCAGAGAAGCAGGCUCUAGGUGAAGUAAGCCCGGAGGUGUUGGAGACGCAAGUGAACCCAGCUGUGUGGGAGAUAAGUGGUCACAUGGUGCUCAAGAGGAAAGAGGAUUACGAAGGAGCUUCGGAGGAGAACGCAUGGAGGCUCCUAGCAGAAGCUUCUCUGUCAGAGGAAAGGUUUAAGGAGGUUAAUGCUCUCAUCUUUGAAGCCAUAGGUUGUAGUUACCAAGGGGAGGAGCUUGAAGGAACCGUAAUUGGACAGGACAACCCUAGUGGCAGUGUUAACCAGAAAAGCAACCGAACCCAUGGAGGUCCUAUCACCAACGGGACUGCCUCUGAGUGCCUUGUUCUUCAGUGAACAACGGUGGCAGUGUGGUUUUUAUGUAUAAUUAGUCUUUGUAUAAUAUGCAUAAAUAAGCAAACUCUCUUGGCAGUUGCAUUUGAAACUUGUUGGUGUUUUCUUAUGAUGGUUAUGGGUGUUGUGCCCUAGACUUGCUGGCUCCUUUUCUGGUUGUAAGUUUAUGUUUUGGAUGAUGCAUAUGUUCUCCUUCUGGUGAUUAUUAUUUAAUAAAUUCGAAUAUUUUGUA